AAACUAAAAAGAUAAAAAUACAAAAAAAAACUACAGAAGAAAAAAAAGAAAAAGAAAACACAAUAGGAAAAACGCACCCAACUAUACCUAGCUGGAAUUCAAUUUUCCCAAAAAUUCAUCGUUAAAUUGAGUGCAAGAUUUUUCAUUUUCUUAAAAAAAUCAAAGAUUUUGCUACUUCAAGAACCCUAUUUCUCUUUUGAUUCAAAGAAGUUAUCAUAUUUUCUGCUAUUGACGAAAUCCCCCAUUUGAAGAGCUUCAUUGGGUAAUCAAAACUAUGGCAGAUGAAGGUUUGGUUUCUCAUAAAAGAGACCCCAUCAAAGCUUCAGUUGGCAAUGCUGCAGCACAGCGAAGACGGCAACAUGCUGUUACAGUGGGGAAGGAAAGGAGAGAAGCCCUGAUGCGGACAAAGCGUCUAUGCAGAGUUGGAGUUAGUGCUGAUUUUGAUGAGGCCUCUAUGGAUGAUAGUGACAUGAUGAUUGAAGAAGAUCAAGCAAUUUUGGAGGCCUUGACUUCGGCAGCUGUGGAAGAAUUAAAGCUUGAUGUUGCCUACCAGGGUAAAGGGGCAACAGAGAAAAGAGUGAAUGCUCUUCGUGAGCUGAGACGCUUUCUCUCUAGGUCGGAAUUCCCUCCUGUUGAAGCUGCUCUACAGGCUGGAGUUAUACCUCUUCUUAUUCAGUGUCUUUCAUUUGGCUCUUCAGAUGAACAGUUGCUUGAGGCUGCUUGGUGCCUAACUAAUAUUGCUGCUGGAAAACCCGAGGAAACCAAAGCUUUGUUACCUGCAUUACCAUUGCUUGUGGUUCAUCUAGGAGAGAAGAGUUCCAUACAUGUCAUGGAGCAGUGUGCAUGGGCAUUGGGAAAUGUUGCUGGUGAAAGUGAAGAGCUGAGAAAUGUUCUCCUAUUACAAGGAGCCUUACCAGCUCUUGCAAGGAUGCUGCUGCCUAACAAGAGGUCAACAGUAAGAACAGCUGCUUGGGCAUUAUCAAACCUAAUCAAGGGACCAGAUCCUAGAGCUGCAACAGAGUUGAUAAAAAUUGAUGGAAUACCUGAUAGAAUUGUUCGACAUUUAAAGAAAGGGGAUGAUGAGUUGGCCACUGAAGUAGCAUGGGUCGUUGUGUAUCUCACUGCCCUUUCAAAUGUUGCAACUACAAUACUGGCAAAGAGUGAUCUCGUACAAGUACUGGUAGAAAUAUUGGACAUGUCAACUAGCCUGCAACUGCUUAUCCCGGUGCUGCGGAGCUUGGGAAAUCUUGUGGCUGGUGAACCUCAUAUAACUAAUUUUGUUCUUGUUGCGAGACAUGCGCUAACAGGUGAUGCCAUUCAAGCAUUAGUAAAGUGCUUAAAGAGUGAACACCGUAUCUUGAAUAAGGAAGCUGCAUGGGUGCUAUCUAAUAUAGCUGCUGGUUCAGUGGAGCAUAAGCAGUUGAUAUAUUCAAGUGAAGCUAUGCCGCUUCUUUUAAAUCUUCUUUCUAAAGCUGCAUUUGACAUAAAAAAGGAGGUAGCGUAUGUCCUGGGAAACAUCUGUGUCGCCCCUACUGAAGGUUCCGGAAGGCCAAAUGUGAUUCUUGACCACUUGGUCAAUCUUGUUCGUGGGGGAUGCCUAACUGGUUUUCUGGAUUUGGUAAGAUCUGCUGAUGUUGAGGCAGCGAGAUUGGGACUGCAAUUCAUUGAGCUGGUGUUGAGAGGAAUGCCAAAUGGAGAGGGUCCGAAGCUCGUUGAAAGGGAAGAUGGUAUUGAUGCAAUGGAAAGAUAUCAAUUUCAUGAAAAUGAAGAACUCAGGAGCAUGGCGAACGAGCUGGUUGAUAGUUAUUUCGGAGAAGAGUAUGGGCUUGAUGAGUAAGAACAUGUCAUGUGUCAACUGAUUUGGUUCUCUAACUACUAUGAAGCUUGUUGCUCAACAAGAUGUGCAUAUAUUAGAUAAACAAUUACAUGGUUUUAUGCUAUCUGAAUUUGGAUUAUCAGGUUUUCCAGAUGUAGUUGUAUUAAAUUAAUAGUUUGGGGUUUGGGGGUGGGGUGUGAUCAUGGAUAUAACAAGCUUCCAAUGUUGUAUUAGUAUGUUUCUAACACCAAAAUAAUAGGAUUUGCCAGUAGAUGUCUUAAAGAUUCAAUGUGUUCAUCCUA